AUGGCAUCGCUGGACACCUGCGAGCCAUCGAUCGAUGCCGCACGAAGAAACGGCACAAGUGCCACUGCUGAGGACAUGAGCGCUGCAGGCACCGCACUGUGCGACGCCAACGACGCGACGGUCACGCCGGACACGAGCGCCGCGCAACGAACGAUCACGCCGGACACGAGCGACGAGAACGACGACAACCCUUUGUUGGAUGACGUCUCGGACCCCGACGUCGACGCGUGCCUCCGCGUGCUCGACAGGAUCACAAAAGACCCCGCGGCCUUCGGGACGCCGCAACAUCGAAGGUUGCGCGGCGCGGUGCGCGCCGCGCACGGGGCCCUGACGGCCGGCGACUUCGGUGGCAUGGACGGUUUGGUCCACGGGAGAAGGCGGCAGCUCCGGAAGGAGAGGGAAGCUAGAGCGACGCGGCGCCGCGACCUAGACCAGAAGCACCGCGACUCGACGCAGUUGAGAAAGCAGCGCAUCGACAAAUUGAAAGCCUUGGAGAACGACCAGGGGCCCCUUUUGCUGGCGCCGGACGGCGCGGCCAAGGAAGGUACAUCAUCUUUGAACGCCGAGACGACGGAUAGUUUCCGACACUGCUACACGUGUAAAAAACGCUUCGACGGCCUCCACGAGUUCUACUCGCAGCUCUGUCCGUCUUGUGCUGCGCUCAACUGGCGCAUGCGGUCGCGCACCGAGGACCUGUCGGGCCGCGUCGCGCUGCUCACGGGCGCGCGCGUGAAGAUCGGCUUCGAGACGGGCCUCAAGCUGUUGCGGGCCGGCGCUUAUUUAAUAGCGACGACGCGCUUCCCCCACGACCUCGCGGCGCGCUACGGUAUGCUUGCGGCGUUCUUUUUUGUGUCUUCGCCCCCGAACGCACGCGUCCGCGCAGGGCGCGAGGCCGACGCGGACGAGUGGCGCGGUCGUUUGGAGGUGCACGGCUUGGACCUGCGGGAUCUGCGGGGCGUCGAGACGUUCUGCGCGUUUAUCGCGGAGAGGCACGAGGCCCUGGACGUCCUGGUGAACAACGCGUGCCAGACGGUAAGACGGCCGGCGCGCUACUAUUCGACGCUCGUCGAGGGCGAGCGGCGCAUGAGCCUGACGGACGGUAGUGGUGGUGAGAAUGGCAUCGCCGUCGUGUCCUGUGUGGAAAUCAAAUUUUGGGCGCCCCACGCCAUCGACGCGAUGCUGUACCUAUAAUUGCGUCUGCUCGAUGGCGUAGAGUUUCACGCCAUCGACGCAACCUAACUCAUUGGUUGAUUUCCACAGGUCGUGUCGCGCAACGACGCGUCGAAGGCGUUGGCGGUGGUAGCGCCCGAGGACGAGACCGUCUCUUUUGUCCAAGGCAAGACGGACGUCAACGGCCAGCAGCUCGACCUCCGGGAGCACAACUCCUGGACGGCGACGCUGGACGAGGUGGCGACGGCCGAGGUCGUCGAGGCCCAGGCGAUUAACUGCGUGGCGCCGUUCAUCCUGUGCUCGAAGCUCCAGCCGUUACUGGCGAAGGCGGCGCAGUUGCGAGAUCGGGCCUUCGUCGUGAACGUCUCGGCCAUGGAGGGCAAGUUUUAUCGGUAUAAAACCCCGAACCACCCGCACACGAACAUGGCCAAGGCGUCGUUGAAUAUGUUGGUGAGGACCUGCGGCGCGGACCUCGCCAAACGACUACAUAUCUACAUGACGGCGGUCGACACGGGCUGGAUCAACGACGAGAACCCCGCUCCCAAGGCGUACCGCACGGCGCAGACGGGCUUCCAGACGCCUAUCGACGAAGUGGACGCGGCGGCGCGGAUUCUUCAUCCCGUGUUCGAUGGAAUCGUGUGCGAGACGCCUCUGUCAGGUGUGUUCCUGAAGGACUAUGGGGAGACGGAGUGGUAGGCCUGUCUAACUUGUCACAAUGUUA